CUGUUUUCGGAAUACCCUCGUUACGGAAUACCGCCAAGCUAGUUUUACUGUACAAUACGAUAGUCACGAUAACGCAGUCACACUAUUUUCUGCUCCCCUCUAGCAUCUCUUCUUCUAUCCUUUUCUUUUCGCUGCGUUUCCGGAAGAGGAUAUUGAGUAGCACCGUUUCGGGCUAAACAGCACAAUGACCAAGACCAAGGGCGAGAAAAUCAACAAAUCCGCGAUCAAUGAAGUCGUGACCCGCGAGUGCACCAUUCACUUGGCCAAGCGUGUCCACAACAUCGGCUUCAAGAAGCGCGCGCCCCGCGCCAUCAAGGAGAUCCGCAAGUUCGCCGAGCGGGAGAUGGGCACCACCGACGUGAGGAUCGACACCCGUCUGAACAAGCACAUCUGGUCCAAGGGUAUCAGGUCCACUCCAUUCCGCAUUCGCGUGCGCCUGGCGCGUCGUCGUAACGACGAUGAGGACUCCCCCAACAAGCUGUACACCUACGUGACCUAUGUGCCGGUGUCCACGUUCAAGAACUUGCAGACCGAGAACGUCGAGUCCAGCGACGACUAAGCAACGUAAUUGACGGCCAACAUAAUACGGUUAAUAAAAAGUAAUUUUUAUUUAGAAAAAACAAA